UCUGAAGAAAAACUAAAGAGAUGAUGAUGAAUCAAGUGACGAUGAUAGAGAUGAAGACACAUAAAAAGGGAGGAGAUGGUCGUAAGAGGAUUAAGAUCGAAAAAAUAAAAGACAAAUCAAGAUUACAAGUUACAUUCUCCAAAAGACGAAAGGGUUUGUUCAAGAAGGCGACUGAAUUAUCUAUUUUAACUGGUGCACAAGUAGCACUGAUUGCCUUUUCUCCUGCGGGAAAACCAUAUGUUUGUGGGAAUCCUGAUCUCCUACUCGAUCGAUUUGUUAAUGGUGAAGCAUCUGAAAUUCAUCAGAGAGAUCAUAACGAUCCAGAACAGAGGAGGUAUAUGGAAGUUGAGCAAGAAUUAGAAGCUGAAAAGAAAAGAGGGGUUUUCUUGGAGUCUCUGAUAAAUUGUGAUUUGGGGGUUGGUAAUGAUAAAUCUUGGUGGGAUACAUAUGUUGAUGGAUUGAGUUUGGAUGAAUUAAAACAGAUGAAAAGUGAUAUGGAACAACUCCAGAAGUGUGUUGCACAGAGAUCUAAUGACUUAAAGAUGAACAAUAACACAGCUUCUUCUUCAUCUUCGUAUGAAGAUAAGUCCCUUGCGUUGAUGAAUUUACCGGCUGGUAAUGAUGACAUUGUUGAUGAUGAUUAUCUGAAUGAAGAGAUGGUUAAUGAGUUAGUCUUUGGUUUUGAUCCUCAAGAGUAUGAUUUUGGGACUACAACUUCUACUGAUCAAGAAAUCACUGCGGACAUGUUUUCUGAUGACUACUACUACUAGUACUGAUUAUAUUUUCUAAGGCUCCAUUCCAUUGUUUUAAGUUUAUGAAUGUAUGUAGUGAUGGAUUUAUUUUUGAGGAAUUGUAUGUAUUCAAAUUCAAUUUUUCUUUUCGAUUCAUUUGA